AGCUGGACAAGGCUCGCGCAAUCAAUUGCAUUAUGUAAUCAGGAGCUGUGCAGUAGGAAUUCCAGCCGUGGUUCAACAUCCCAGCCAUCUCGCUGCGAUCGCCAUUCAUAUAAAGAUGCCCCUCUACAACAGGAUCAUACUCAGAAAACUACGCAGACUUCUCCAUCGAGUCCUUCGCUUGCUCAAAAUGGUCUCGGAAGCUCCAAAGAUUGAAGGUUUGUUCGAUGAGGAGUCCUACGGGCUUGUGAACGUCCGCGGGUGGUACUCCGUCAUCCGCAACAACCCUCUUACGUCGGAUUGUCAAGUCAUCAGGGUCGGCUGGUACAAGAUGCGGAAAGGGGUAGAGCAUGAGUUCCUGCGGUUUGACAUCUCUUCCCCCGACAAUCAGCACACAUCCAUUAUCAUUGCCGAGAGGAGUGGUGGUGUUCGCAAUCCAAACUACGACCCCCCACAAACUGCCGAUACCCAUCUUCCAGCGGACACAGUGGUAGAUGCCACGGCGUCGCCACCCACUCCACCAGAGACUUCUGCACGCUCUCCUGAUGUCGGCGAUUCCACUGCAAGUAGUGCCGACGAAAGCGGUCCUCCGCUAGACAAAGUUACUAAGAGAAACAGGAAAAAAAUGAAGAAGUUGCAUACAGCUCAAAUUGCAGCUUCUCUUUCCUCCAGUUCCGAGCGGGACGCCUGUGAUCGCGUUUAUUUUGCAACGCGGAUUAGUGCAGCAGGCGCUCGGGUGGAGGAGAUGUGCGACAAGCCUCAACGUCUCUGUACUUUACGGUUUACUGGCGCAAAGCCCACUGCAAACGAGCUAGCGACCUUGCUUUAUGUAACCUCGACACAGGAGCCCAAGUACGCCAUUGCCCGAACACAAUGCUACUGGUUCGCUGCAACUGUGUUUGACGCUCUCAAGAUGCUAUACAAGGGUGCCAUGCAAGAUAACCGGACCCAUCGGGGGGGUACAAUUUGUGGGGUACCAGUGGCUAUCAAGGCGAGCGGGGAAGAGGUGUGCGCUAAGUAUCGUGAAGCUCGAGCUGCUUUGGCCGAGGAAAUUGAACAGGAACGCAGGCUUAAACAAGAGCAAGAGGAAGAGAGGCAACGUGAACGCGAGCAACGCGAGGCGGCCGAGGAAAGGGCACGGGCAGCGGAGGAGGAAAGGCAGAGAGAACGCGAGCAACGCCAGGCCGCAGAGGAGGAAAGGCAGAGAGAACGCGAGCAACGCCAGGCCGCAGAGGAGGAAAGGCAGAGAGAGCGUGAGCAACGCCAGGCCGCAGAGGAGGAAAGGCAGAGAGAACGCGAGCAACGCCAGGCUGCAGAGGAAGCAAAUGCGAAGUUGCUCCAAGAACUGGAGGCGCUGAAGAGAGCGGUGGCAAGUGCUCAACAGGCUUGAUGCAUGAUGGACGGUGCUGGCCGCACAUAUACUUAUACCAGUCUCGCGUUUUCUUUGUUAUUCUCGGACUACAUACGAUACGACUCUAUGCUUUUCAAUGUUGUCAUUAGUGGAUGUCACGACAUCUCUGUCUAUCUAACUGCCUUAUUACCAUCACUCCUGGGGAUCUCAGGCGUAUAUCCCUGACAUUCUGCUGCUGAGUUGGCAUAGCUUUGUACACUUCCUGGGUACUGCCAUAACCACGGCGAUGCUGUCCCUC